UUGGAGGAGCACCGCUCGGACCAGAAACAGCUGAAGGUCCUGCAGAAGAAACUUCUCCAGGUGCUGAAGGAGAAGGAUCAGCUUCAGAGCGAACACAGCCGAGCCGUCCUGGCCCGCAGCAAACUAGAAGGCCUGUGCAGAGAGCUGCAAAGACACAACAAGACGCUAAAGGAGGAAACUCUACAGCGGUGCCGUGAAGAUGACCUGAAGCGGAAGGAAAUCACCACACAUUUCCAGAGCACGCUGACGGACAUCCAGGCCCAGAUCGAGGAGCACAGCAGCCGAAACAACAAACUGUGCCAGGAGAACAACGACCUGGCUGAGAAACUCAAGGACCUCAUAUCUAAAUAUGACCAGCGAGAGGCGGUGAGGGAAAACNNNUUCAAGCACAGAGACCUGCAGCAGAAAUUAAUGGAGACAAAACUCACAAAGGCCAACAUGAUGCUCAAAGAAGCUGAGGAGAGACACAAGCUGGAGAAAGAACAUUUACUGAAGAAGACUGCAGAGGCCAAAAUACAAGUUAAACUUCUGAAAGAACAAGAGACUGACAUGAAGGCUCAGCUUGCAGUAUAUUCUGAGAAGUUUGAUGAAUUCCAAGGAACGGUGUCUAAGAGCCACAAUGUGUAUGCCAGCUUCAAACAGGACAUGGACAAGACUUUAAAAUGUAACUGA